CUGUGCUGUGAGAAGCAGAGUGCAGCACAAACAGCAGUUCCUCCUAAGCCAGCGACAGACACAGAGGCAACGCUGCUCAACUCCCCUAUCUGAAGGAGGUUUCCCUUUAAUAGGCCCUAUGACCUUCCCCUACAACGGGGGGGGGGACACUCUUAAAUGAAGCUUGAACGUAAAAUGCAGUCGAGCACAGAGGAGGAGAGCCGGAUUGAGGAUCAGUGGGAGAAAUGGCUCACCCAUGACAUCAGUCUAGAGGAGUUUGAAGAUGAAGAUCUUUCUGAAAUUACUGAUGAGUGUGGAAUCAGCCUACACUGUAAGGACAAUUUGGCCUUACGGAGCCAUUUGAAUCUGCAGGCCAGUAGCGUUCUGGGAGUGGGCGGAGGGGAGGCGAGUCGGCUCCAGGCGGAGAUGCUUCAGCUGGACCUGAUUGAUGCCACUGGGGACACCCCCGCCGAAGAAGGGACGGCGCCCGAUCCUAUCAAGGAGCCCCAGCCAGUAACCAUGGAUACCUACAGACCUAAACGCCCCACGACGCUCAAUCUCUUCCCGCAGGUGCCUCGGACGCAGGACACUCUGAAUAACAACUCUCUGGGGAAAAAGCACAGUUGGCAGGAACGAGUGUCUCGGUCAUCCUCCCCCCUGAAAACGGGUGAACAGACACCGCCCCAUGACCAUAUUUGCCUGAGCGAUGAGGUCACUCACCAAAAUAGCACAGCCUCCACCAAAGAUCGGGGUACAUCCACAGAGAGCCCAUGCCGGCGUACAGCUUCAACGCAGAUUGCAUCAGCCUGCAUGGCCUCCUCUCGAGCACCUGACAAGCAACAAGCUAUCAACCGCCUCCCAUCCCAGAACCCCACUGUGGUGGUGGUAACAAGAGGACCUGAAGCUUAUCGGGAUCGCAUUCGCUACCAGACUGAUGUGAGAUUGGAAGCUACGGAGGAGAUUUACCUAACUCCAGUACAAAAGAAUUUGGACCCUCUGGAGUCUGAGAAGCCAUUUAUGUCACAGUCCAGUGACAACCGGAUGUCCAUUAGCUCUGAUGUAGACACUUCUGGCUACCCACAAAUGACAGGAAAACCCAAUUCCUCAAUCAGUGAGGAGGAUGAGGUGCUGGAUUACUUAUCUUCUCCUGACAAAAUGAACACACCACGGACUGUGUACAGCAGCAGUAAUGGUGGCUAUCGGCCUCGCCAUAGUUUCCAGAGGGCAUCGGUGAGCUCUGAUACCAGCGCCCUCUCCUACGACUCGGUCAAAUACACACUUGUGGUGGAUGAGGAUGUGCAGCUCGAACUUGUUAGUCUGAAACAGUGUUACUCAGGUUACAGUGACGAGAGUGAUUCAGCCACCGUGUAUGACAACUGUGUCUCCUCACCAUAUGAAUCAGCCAUUGGGGAGGAGUAUGAAGAAGAUGCCCUGAAACGUGAUUCUGUUUGUCUCUCUGAGGAUUCCACCCCUGAGGCAGACAUCCACUUCUCCAAGAAGUUCCUCAAUGUCUUCAUGAGUGGCCGGUCACGUUCCUCCAGUGCUGAGUCCUUUGGGCUUUUCUCGUGCAUGAUCAAUGGGGAAGAACAAGAGCAGACUCACCGAGCUGUUUUCAGGUUUGUGCCUCGUCAUGAAGAUGAAUUGGAAUUGGAAGUGGAUGACCCUUUAUUGGUGGAAGUUCAGGCAGAAGAUUAUUGGUAUGAAGCUUAUAACAUGAGGACUGGUGAUCGGGGGAUCUUCCCUGCUUACUAUGCUAUUGAGGUCACCAAGGAGCCAGAUCAUAUGACAGAUUCAUGCAAAACCAGUGAUUGGGUGGAUCAAUUCCGGGUGAAAUUCCUCGGCUCAGUCCAAGUUCCUUAUCACAAAGGCAACGAUGUAUUGUGUGCAGCUAUGCAGAAGAUUGCCACUACACGUCGCCUCACUGUGCACUUUAACCCACCCUCCAGCUGUGUCCUGGAGAUCAACAUGAGAGGAGUUAAGAUUGCUGUGAAGAAUGAUGACACCAAGGAUCCCAGCAAAGGGAAUAAAUGUAGCCACUUUUUCCAGUUGAAGAAUAUUUCAUUUUGUGGAUACCACCCAAAGAACAACAAAUACUUUGGGUUCAUUACCAAGCACCCAGCUGACCACAGAUUUGCGUGCCAUGUCUUUGUCUCAGAGGAAUCCACCAAGCCACUUGCAGAGUCUGUAGGGAAGGCUUUCCAUCAGUUCUACAAGGAAUGUGUGGAAUAUACGUGCCCCACAGAGGAUAUCUAUCUAGAGUAGGGGCAGGCCCAGCCCCCUCUUCCUGUAUAGACAAGGGCCAUUUCCCCAUUGUGCAUGGACAAAGCUGCUUCAAGUCUGAAGGAGGAAGAGGCAUUGGAGCGGUUUCCCUCCAUAUUCAGAGCCCCUCCUCUUUCAGUAACCUCCUUUCCUUGGGCAGGGGGUGUGGGGAGUUGAGAAUGGGUGGGAUGGGUGGCAAAACAUGGGGAUUACUAUUUUUAAAGAAAUGCAUUCUCUUUUUUCUUUAUUCAAAGAAAAAUGCCACCAGUGAAAGCAGUUGCUGCCCCCACACAUCUGGAUGAGCAAGCAAAGCACUGGCCCAAGAACAGGCAGGGUUGAAUAUCCCAUGUGUUCGGCAUAGGAGGGGGCUGGUUUGGUGCCUGGGCAAAGAAACUCCUCCACACUUUUGUGGGUUCCUGCCAUGUGCUGGAGACUGCUCUAGUCUGUCACAUGUUCCACAUUUAACAUUUGCUGUUUAAUAAGACAGAAGUGCUGGACGUCCACCAAGAAAAUUGGAUAGCUGAAAUGCUUAGAUAAAAGAUAUGGAAAUAAUAAAUCGAAAUCUUGGAUGGGAACGGGUAUGGAAGCUAAGCAAAAGAUUUCUGACAAGUCCCACUAAACAGAAAUCCACUUUGUAUCUGACCUCCCAUGUCUGUAAAAGUAAUCCAGGACUACUGUAUUGGAGACACUUUGGACUCUGAAAGGGAGGAGAGUUUGAGAAGUCCGGAAUUAUAGCCCCAAUGUAUUGUGUGGGUGCCAGGUUGUGGGAGGCUGAAGGUGAAAGCUAGAAAGAACCACUGUACUUCUAUCUGAUAUAGAAAAGACCCUCUGUUGCAACUCUGGUUGUGCUAUCCCUUUUCCUUCAUCUAUCUGCAGAUCCUAAACUCAAAGAGAUGGGAGUAAUCUGGAUACUGCAGAGAGCCAUGCACCUGAUUCAUCCAUAUUAGGGGCUGGGAGAUGCUCCAGCCAUUAAGCACAAUGCUGAAUCAGGAAACAGUAGUGAGGUCUUGUGGAAAAGGCAAAAGCUAGGGGACUAGCAUGGGUAACAAGGAGCCAAGAGCUGCAGAAAGAUGUGCCUUUGCCUUCCUCCCCUGCCUACGAGCCCGAGCUUUCCAAGCAGAGGGCUCUGUGCUUCUGCUGGAUCUGCUCUAUGACAACAACGAUUAAACAUUGAUGUUUCAAAGGAACCGUGUUGCUUUUGUGUUAUGAGGUCUUUUAACAACUGUUUGAAGCCCUUAGGAUCGAAUUGCAGGAGCCAAUGUAGAUGUUCCAAAAGAUAGUAUUGUAAUGUACCCAUCCACCCACCCACCCAUUUUGAGAAGUAGUCUACAUAAAACUAAGAUAAGUCUUACAUGCCUGCAAUUUUCAGCAUUGUACAUUGUAAACAUUGCAGAAUCGUAUUAUAUUAGAGUCCUGUUUGGCUUGUAUGGAAUGGCCAUUCAAGGGCAUAAUGAAGCAACUUUCUUUUUGUGUUUCUUUUUUCCCUGCAUUUAUUUUUCAAGAUUCAUAUCCUACAUCUCCAUUAGGAGAAGUGGCUUACAUAGUAACCCCUGUGAGCCAAGCUGUCUGUAUUUUUUAUUGUUAUGUACAGUAUAAUAUGGAGGGCCCUGUUUUUUGUGUGUUGGAGGUUACCAUUAUGUUCUGCCAUUUCAUACUCACUAGAAAACUGCUUUAACAGUUGCAUCCUCACAGUCUCUUAAAGAGUAGCUGGUCUGGUCUAGUGUUUAAGGCACCAGAAACCAGGAUACUAAAAGUUCUAGUUUAGGCAUGAAAAUCAGACCAGUCACUCUCAACUCAAUCCAUCUCACAAGACUGUGAGGAAAAUAGGAGGAAAUAUUAGGCAUCAUCGCCCCCUUGAGUUAUUUACAAAAAUAAUAAAAGAUGGGAUAAAAAUAAAAGAUUCUGAGAUAUUGGAAUUUAGGAACCUGAAUCAGCUGUACAACAAUGCCCGUCUCUAAUGCCUGGCGUUAUUUCAGCCAAAUAUGUAGUUACCUACUAAAUAGACAUGCUCUAAAAUGCCUUUAGAGGGGUUUGAAUCUAUGCUUUUACUAAAUAUUACAUAAAUAAAUGGCACUACAAAGACAGAAAGGCUUUUGAGAGCUAGGUCCAUUUAAUAAUUGUUGAAAUUGUAAACUAUAAAAUCUGUUCAUAAUAUUAGUUUAUAUAAAUUGGAAUUCUAAUGUGAGGUGGAACCCAAAUUCAGAAUCGCUGGAGAAGUUGUUGAUGGAGAGGUAAAAAUAGUCAUGGCACUGAAAACUGUAUUGGACAGUUAUUUUUCACUACACAGCCUCAACGUUGGCGUUGAAAUAUUAUCUCCAGCCAAUAGCCAAAAGUUUCCAAUUAUUAUUUAGCAUAGUAGGAAUUAAAAGCAUGAAAGGAAAACUGAGAAUCUACCAUUCUCAUCUUAAAACAUUGUGCUUACGAUAGGGACACACAUAAAAUACAGAGCUGCCUGGAGAGUUUCUAGGAUAGUGUUAAGUAUGGGGAUUAUUGCUAUAUGCAGUUGGCUAUUUUAUCAGGCAAGGCUAUGCAAAACAGCUUGUUCUCUUGUCACUUUCAAAAGAGGUCAUCGUAAUAAUACUCUUCAAAAUUG